AUGACUUUUGGUGGCUUCUGUAGCACCCCACUGUGGCAGUCUAACGUGACGUGGAACACCGACUACCCUCGCCUGACGCCAUGCUUCGAGAACACUGUACUUACGUGGAUACCGUUUUCCGUGCUGGUGGUGUAUCUCCCGUUCAAGAUGGUCUCCUCGUUGGGGCCCAAAGUGCGCCCUUAUCCGAUGACCCUGCUCUCUUACGCAAACGACUAUGGCAGCCCCCACGUGCCCCUGAGUGAGUACAUGGCGUGCGUGAUGAGACUGGCCGGCUGCGUGAUCUCCAUACUGUACCAGUAUGCGGAACAGAGGCGCGGUCGACAGACCUCUAACGUGCUGUUUCUGUACUGGACACUCAACGCGUGCUGCAGCACUGCCACCUACUACAGGGUACUGCGCAACACGUUCAGCUCGCGUAGUGAGUCACUGCCCUCGGCGUUUACUUACACGGUGCAAAUGAUCGCCUACCCAAUCAUGUGGGGCCUAGUGGUACUAUAUUCGUUCACGGAACACUAUGGGAAGAAGAAGCCCGGGAUAUGUCCCAUGGACGUGGCGUCACCCAUAUCGUACCUCAGCUUCGAAUGGUACACGUCUCUUAUUCUGUCCGGUUACCGGAAGACGCUCAGCGUGGACGAUCUUUUCCCUGUUUCCGAGGAGGUCAAGACGGUUAACAACUACAAAAGGUGGCUAAGGGUCAACAAGAAUGCCGCCGACGGCAGACACCUCAAGUGGUCCCUUUUCCGUACUAUCUGGGGCAACGUGAUGACGACCCUAGUCGGGCAGAUUAUGUUCGCCUUCUUCAGGACGGCGCCGCCUGUCCUCCUGACGUUCAUCAUUCGCUUUGUGAUUAACAAGAAAGAAGAAUAUUGGAAAGGGUACUUUUACGCUGCAAUCAUCUUCUUGACGGGCAAGGCAGGGAUGACACUCUUGAGGCAUUGCGACUUUCACUACGUCGUCAUGGGCUUACAGCUCAAGGGCAUAUUGGUUCACGCGGUAUACACGAAAACGCUGCGGAUAGCAAGUGCCUGUUUGACGAAAUACACCGCGGGGGAGAUCAUCAACCUAAUGACUGUGGACGCAGACAAGAUAUACCAGACGUCCCUCUUCGUGACAGCUGGCAUGGGAAUGCUCACCCGUUUGGCAGACAAGCUGCAGCAGAGGCUCAUGACAUUGAAGGACAGUCGGCUCAUGUUCACCAACGAAGCGCUCAGCAACAUCCGCAUCCUCAAGUUUUACACCUGGGAAACUCCCUUCAUGAACCGCAUUCUGGACAUCCGCAAUCAGGAAAUGUUGACGAUCAAGUUCUACGCCAUCUUGGCGGCCACCAUGAGCAUGCUUCGAAUGAAUCUCGCCAUGUGUCCCGACGUCAUUUCCAACUUCAUUCAGUCAUCGGUGUCUCUGAACCGGAUCGCCGAAUUCCUGGAAGCAGAAGAGAAAGACACGGAUGUUAUCGGCAGUGAUCCUGGCGAGGGUAACGCGAUACGUUUUUCGAACGCCUCUUUUACGUGGACCCCCGAUUCGGACGAUCCGCCUUUCCUACAGGACAUAAACCUGGCCAUACCCAAGGGUCAGCUCGUAGGCGUUUUCGGCCUCGUGGGAUGCGAAGGUAGCAUCGACAUUGACGGUGAAGUAGCGUACGUGCCGCAAAGUGCGUGGAUUAUUCACGGAACAAUACGCAAAAACAUCACGUUCAUGAACGAAUACGAGAAGUACUUCUACAAGAGGGUCACAGACAAGUGCUGCCUGAGAAGCGACUUCGAGAUGCUCAUGGACGGUGACAGGACCGAAAUCGGCUCGAAAGGAGUUAACUUAAGUGGAGGUCAGCGCCAGCGGGUGAGCCUUGCCAGGGCCGUCUACUUGGACAAGGACAUCUACCUUCUGGACGACCCUCUCAGCGCCGUUGAUGCGGAGGUUUGCGCGAAAAUCUUCAACAAGGUCAUUGGCCCUAGAGGGAUUCUGCAAAACAAGACACGCAUCUUCGUGACGAACAAUCUCGCGCUCCUACAAGCGGUCGACGUGAUCCUUUUUCUCAACGAGGGCAGGGUUGUGGACUUUGGAAGCUAUCGUGAACUUAUUUCUAAAGGGGGUGACUUUGCCCGUGUCAUUCGUGACUUCUCGAGACAGCGCGGUGGUGACGAUGGUGGCAAGGCCGACAUCGGCGUGAUGACGAGCAAGAUGAUGUCCAGCAUCGGCGACAGCUGGGACACCAACAACACUGUGUCGGCCGUCACCAGGGCGAACGCGCUCGUCUGCGCUGAGGGCGUCGAAGUGGGCUCCAUCAAGAAAGAGGUGCUCAUCAACUACCUUCGGCACGUGGGCUGGCUCAUAGUCCUACUCGCCUUCAGCGGUUACACGCUCUGUCGAGUGUUCGAUGUGGCGUGCGGCCUCUGGAUAAGCAGUUGGAGCCGGGACUCGUACCUACCCAAGGAAGAACAGACGGUGGCGAGAAGGACCCAUCGGAUGAUCGUGUACGCGGUGCUGGGAACCCUAAUGGGCCUUUUCGCGUUCCUGGGUACGUCCAUGCUCAAUUAUGGCACCAUCAGGGCUUCGCGAUCACUACACGAGAAAAUGAUGGCGUGUAUGUUCGACGCGCCCAUGUCCUUCUUCGACACUACUCCCGUGGGACGCAUCCUGAACAGGGCGGGCAAGGACAUUGACCAGUUAGACGUGCAGCUGCCGCUCAUGUCGAACGUGUUCUUCGAGCUCUUCUUCCAGCUCAUGGCUAUGGGCGUCCUCAUAUCAGUCAUCUUGCCGGAGUUCCUGAUCGCCGCGGUGCCGUUGGCUUGCCUCUACGUCUAUAUGCAGAGGUUCUACCUGCGCACACUGAGGCAGCUAAAGCGUCUGGAGGGCGUUACCAGGUCACCCGUUGUGAACACGUUCGGAGAGACCCUGGACGGUCUGAGCAGCAUACGGAGUUACAACGCCGAGCAGAUUUUCAUCGACCGCUUCCUAAACGAGGUGGACGUCACGCAGAACUGCUCCUUCUCGCUACUCAUCUCCAAGCUGUGGAUGAUCAGCCGGCUGGACCUGAUCGGCUGCUCACUCGUCGUAACCACCGCCAUCCUCAUCAUUCACUGGCGCCAGACCAUCAGUGCCGGCACGGCGGGCCUUCUAAUGUCCUACAUUAUCACGUCCACGUUCGCCUUCAACAACAUUGUCCAUUUCGCUGCCGAGUCGGAAGCGGCCAUCGUGUCCUCGGAGCGAGUCGAAGAGUACUCCAAGAUCGAGGGCGAGGCGGCACGUUACGUCGAGCCUGGUCCGCCAGAGGACUGGCCCCACAAGGGAGUCAUCUCAUUCAUCAACUACAGCGCGCGAUACAGGGAAGGACUGAGACUGUGCUUGCGCGACGUGAACGUGGAGUUCGAUGCUGCCGAGAAGGUCGCCAUCGUGGGCCGCACGGGCGCUGGCAAGUCGACGCUCACGCUGGCCAUGUUCCGCAUGAUUGAGGCGGCCAAGGGCAGCAUCAUCAUCGAUGACAUCGACAUCUCCAAGAUCGGGCUGUUCGACCUGCGCUCGAAGAUAACCAUUAUCCCGCAAGAGGCGGUGCUAUUCAGCGGAACGCUGAGGAUGAACUUGGACCCGGACGACGAACACGAGGACAGCAAGCUGUGGGAGGUCCUGGGCACCACCAACUUGAAAGAACGGUUCCCGGAGGGCCUCGAGACGGCCAUCACCGAAGGUGGCGCCAACAUCAGCGUCGGACAGCGUCAGCUGGUGUGCCUCUGUCGCGCCGUGCUGAAGCACUCCAGGAUCCUCAUCCUGGACGAGGCUACGGCCGCUGUGGACGUUGAGACAGACGCACUCAUCCAGCGGGUUAUCCGAUAUAUGUUCAGAGAGAGCACGGUGAUAACAAUCGCGCACAGGCUUAACACCAUCUUGGACGCGGACCGAAUAGUGGUCAUGGCGGAAGGUGAAGUGAUCGAGAUGGGGCCUCCCAACGACUUGUUGGCGGACUCGUCCACGGAGUUUUACAGCAUGGCCCGAGAAGCCGGCGUAGUCUGA